CGAUUUGGGUGAUAUCGCCAUCCCCUAGCUUCUUUCCAAAAAAUCCGAUCGUAGCCUAGGUUUGCAGAGUGAUUGGGAAUUAGGCUUCACAUCACCCUGAUUGCUUGAUUUUACUCAUUGCCUCACAGUCAGGGCCAACUUAUGCGGAUAGAAUGGAGACUAUCGGUGCAUAUAGAAGUGAUCUAGAUUCUAACUUGAACUCCUUUUCGAAAGCAACGAACACCUCACUAGCUGCGCAACACAACAACACGCAGGGUUCCAUGGUGCCGAAAGGCAAGUUUAAUCCCCUAUUGGCAGUAGUGAUUACGUCCUUGGUCCUUGCCUUCUUCCUCUUGGGCUUGAUCUCUGGACGACUCAGGCGGUGGGUUUGGCGGUUCGAGACAGAGGGUGGAGCAGUUAUCAGGUCUUCAGAUACUCGAACACGAACGCCAAAAGCACUCCACUAUGGACUUGACCGGCAGGUCGUUGAAGCUCUGCCUUUGGUACAGUACAGAGAUCUGCCUGCGGAUGAGCAGGUGGAGAAGUAUAUCGAUUGCUCAGUGUGCCUGGUCGCAUUCGACGCCACAGAUACCCUCAGGUUGCUGCCCAUUUGCUCCCACGCGUUCCACUCGAAUUGCAUCGAUGAAUGGUUCCUCUCACACAUCACUUGCCCGCUCUGUCGCGUAUGCUUGGCACAUUCAACUGAUCAUGCAGCUACUGAAGCAGUUGGACAACUCCCCCCACAUGAUGAUCGAAUUCGUUCACCGGAAGACUCUGACGUCGUGGAGGUGGUUAUAGGCGGGGAUGGGGAGCUUGACAGCACCACCAACACUACCAUUUUGGAAACUUCUCAAGCGGAUGUUCUACCUCCUGGUACACCUAUUGCGAAUACAUUCGCAACAGAGGAGCAUGGCAACGGGCGCUCAAUACCCUGGAACAACACAGCUUUGUCUUUCAAACCUCCCGUGCAGAUUGAUAUUCCCCCUGCGAAAGUCCCAUUAACUUCAAUCCGCCGCACGAGCUCUGCAGGUUCUGGCCCCGAGCUGGCAAACGAGGCGAACGAUGAUGGGGACGACUCCCCACACAACAGCAGUACACAGUUUCACGCAAUAGACAUCGAGUACUGCAUUUCGAACGGACAAAAUCCGGUCCAAACUCAGGCAGAUGGAUCACGGUUCGUGAGACUGCCAGACCACUGGACCAUAGAAGAUCCGGAAGGGGGAGCGUCGAGAUCGGCUGGCAAAGCGAAGGCCACUGGAGCUGGAGGCGACCUGCAACGAGCCUGGCCGACGACGAGGUGGAGUUUCCCAAAUCUAAGGCAAAUUGCCCCGAUUUGAAGCUGCUCCAAAAACAGCUGAUGCUUCGUUUUUGGCUCGAUUUUGGUUUUUUCAAAGAGGGAGAUUGGGGAGUUGGGCUCCCCAAGCUCUAGUUCCUGUUGCGUGUUUAUCAGAACUGCCCCUUUUUUGCACUGUAAAUAUCACUCACUGGAAAUAUUAGUUAUUAAUUUCAUGAAU